CAUUCUGAAUUUUGAAAGCCUAAAAAAAACCAGCUUUGUAACUUGUAAGGGGGAGAGAGACAGCAUUUCUAGCAAUGGCGAGUGUUUGUGGAAAAGCAAGACAAGUACUACAAAAAUGUUCCAUUACAAGAAACGCAGUUUCGAAUCUCUGCACCAACAAAGCUUCUUCUUCUUCUUCUUCUUUAUUUGGAGCUUCCAAGUUGCCUGGAUUUGCACCAUCUCCUAACCCUCGUUUCUCUUUUCAGAAGCUAUUUACUUCCUCUAGGAUUCCUGUGGAGUUGGGAUGUGCGGAUUCAUUAAUGCCUUUGCACAGUGUAACUGCGUCUGCCUUGUUAACUUCUUUGCUGUCACUUCAUUCACAGAGCUGGGGAUGUCUUUCUGAAGGAUUUGCUACCCCACUAUAACAAGACCUACUUGGUGCAAUAGUGGACAUUGUGGGCGCAUCAUUUGGUGCCUUGUAGUUAGACAACACCGUCUGGAUGACAUAUGGAAUGGUUAAUUAUCGAUCUUCAAGAUUUUGAACUUUCAAUACAAUCUGAACCUGAAGUGUUAGCACAAAAUUUUGUAGGAAUUUCUUCAAGUAUUUCAGCCAUGUAAAGAUAUGGUUAAUGGUUUUCAGUCCAGGUCUUGUUCUCAACAUUUUGUCUCUCCGCUUCGCGCUAAUAAUGUAAAACAGUGAACGGAAAACAUCUUUUAUUCACAUUACUGCUUACUGUUAA